AUUUCACAGGAUUGAUUAACAAAAUUCUACGGUUCAAAAAGUUGAUAUAGUUGAAUAAUUUUAUAUUUUGUGCUACAGUGAUGCUCGGGAACUGGGCCAGGUAGAUUUUGUGAAAGAUACAAUGUAUGAAAAUCGGGUUACAAGUGACAGAUUGGAAAAUUAACGGUUGACAGUAUCAUACAUGGACGCACUUGUGGCAUUCAACAAUUUCAGUCUCGAAUUUCGUCUAUUUGAGAACGAGGUUGAUCAAAUGAUACGGCAUUUUCUCGGGUACUUUUGGUGAAAAACAAAAUAUCGAUCUUUGAUUUAAACGUGUAAAGGUCGAUUUCUUUUACGGUAUGUAACAAAAUCAGUUUGAAUUGUGGUAUUCAACGGAUUAAUAGAGAGGAAUAGUUUCGGUAUUUAGAAACAGCUUAAGGUUUGGACAGAACGUUUAAAACUUCCGGAUUAAUGAGGAAACUAUAAUUUCAAGGAAAUCAAAAUGGUUAUUUUAAACAAUCAUAGCCCUAUGGCUAAAAUGCGAGUGUUGUACAUAGGGAGCGCCGUUCCCAUGGAAACGACGGCAGGUCUAGAAGCCAUACAGGGGCCACUGAAAGAACGGUACCCAACGGACGAUGGACAAGAAAUUGAAGGUAUUGACGCUAUAAUAUCUAUAACUAAUGACAAUAUCCAGAUGCAGUAUGUGAAUGAACCUGAUCAUAUCGUCCAGUUUCCCAUUUCUUCAUUAACUCUCUGUGCUGCGGUCAGGUGUGUGUCCACUGUUAACACGGCAACCGGUGAAAAAGGUGCAAAGUUCGUGUCUCUAAAUGAUCCAUUAGCAGGCGGAGAAAAUUCAAACCGACCGGCAAUAUUCACCGCAAUGACACGUCGAACACAAGGAAGGAAAGUGUUAGAAUGCCACGGUUUUAUUUGUGCUUCGCCAAAGGAUGCACUGAACUUAGUCAAAUGUGCUUCAAUUGCCGGUAAGAACUAUAAACAAAACGGGACAAUAAAAUCAAAUAAGCCCACAUACCAAACCGCUAACACUAACGGUACAACUGAUCCACUCCUUGAUGCUGGAUCGACUUUAAAUCGUUUGUCAAAUGGAUCAGCAUUCACAGCACCUUCAAAUGUACAAAAUGGGAUGACCAACGGUACCUCAAUGAGACUCAUACCGGCUGAGCCAAUAACACAUGUGGCCGCCGGUCCUGAAUUCUUUGAACCGGUAUCAACCCAGGGCUAUUUCUACAGCAGUAACAAUGCAGAAGUAAAGAAGUACAAUAUUGCGAAACUUGGUCGAGAUCGUAAUAAAGAAAAUAUAGAUGUUAUUCAGUCUGCACCAAGUGAGCGACAGGCACCGACAGUAAUACAGACAAAUGGAUACACGCCUACGCCUUCACCACGACCAACCCAACCAAGGGUAAUACCAGCACCUCAGCCUGUUUACGUUCGUCUUCCACGUCAACAGUACGCGGUCCGACCCUCGAUGCCACCACCGCCACCUAUGCCUAUGUUCUACGGACCUCCUCCACCACCUAUGUACGCUAGACCAAGGUUCUUCUCCCCACCGCCACCAAGACUCCGACCUCAAACAUACAUGAUGCCACCCGGAGCUCCGCCACCAAUGAUGGCUCCGCCGAUAUAUAUUCGUCGCCCAAGAGGUGGUUCUGCGGGAAGUAGGUCAAGGUCAAAUUCUUCCGAUUCACGUCGGUCACGAGAUUCAAGGUCAAAAACACCUACAGGUCAGGUAAAUGGCGAUGAAACGCAACCAAAAAGGAUACCAAACGCAGACGAAUCAAGUGAGGACUCUGAAAUCAGGGUCUUGAAUCGACAGAGGCCUUCAACUCCGCCCACAGAUUACGACGACAGACGUAAAGGAGAACGCUUGAGCCGACGGGAUGCUUAUGAGGUAAAAUAUGGAGUUCAGCCCGCACCAUAUAGAUACGGUCCACCUCCAGAUGUUGUCCCACCGUACGGCUAUGAUUACUAUGUCCAACCUCCAAGGCACGGCGGUUAUGCGCCCUUCACAAUGUAUAAUCCUCAUGCCCGGUCAAGGUCAAUGCCAGGUUACGAUCAGCAGCGUUCAAAGUCACCAAAAAGGAAGAAGGGAAGGAAAAAGAAUAAAAAAGUUAAGAAAAGUAAACAACCCAAACCGAAGCCACAGUAUAUGUAUUAUCCGAGAGAGGGAUUAAGACGACAACCGGUACACAGUGAUGUUUCAACGGAUAGUUUUGCUGGUUACCAUUCUGAAAUUCCGAGAGGUAGCCGUAGGGAAGAGCCCUCAAGCGGGUACCAGUUCUAUCCCCCACGUGACUUUAGACGGGACGAAAACCAGUAUAUGAAUGAAAGAAACUUUUCUAAAAGUAUUAAAGAGGAAACUCGGCGGUCACGUGAUUCCAAGGCUUAUCCGACGGCAUACGAGUUGAAUGAUGAACUAAAUCGUGGAGGGACCGACAGAAAUGAAGAUGCCGAUUUCACCAUGUAUUAGGAGAAAACAGUAAAAGGGCUGCAGACAAAUAGAAGUUGCACUUGUGGCAGACUGGAAAAGAAGCAUGAAUAGUGGAUCUUCUGUACUGUGCUGUCUUAAACGACAUGUGAGCUCCUAGAGUAUUUACCAGACGUAAUAAAAGUGCUAUUAACAAUAUAUUCCAGUAUAACUUACAAAGGAUAGCGUUUCGUUCAGAUCAAUGUGUGUUUAGGAGGUGGGUGUAUUUGAACUAAAACUUGACACGGGUGUGUCGCUGACAGUUUAUAUUUUAAUAAUAUUUCGUGCACUUAAAAAAGUUUGAUCAUGGAUAAAAAUGAUCGAAUGUGUCUAAAAAGAUACAUAUUUAUACCAUUACAUUUAAAUACGUCAGUUAUUUGGGUGUAAUCAAAUACUCGAACUUGUUGAAUAGCUGUUCAUGUCAAAAUUAUUCCCCAAGAUUAAUGCGC